CUUCCAGAACAAGGGAAGUUGGACUUGCUCAAGAACCUCGCCGAGUGCUCACUUUGUGCAACAACUCAGGAUUCUCGACAGCUGCUUCCAUCUGUAGUUCAGCUACUAAAGAAAUAUAUGGUUCGAAGAAAGAUUGAAGAAAUUAACUACACGUGUAUCGAGUGUCUGUUGUAUACCUUCCACCAUUUAGCUCACAAGACUCCAAAUGCCACAAACAGUCUCUGUGGGUACAAGAUUGUCACUGGACAACCAUCAGAUAGACUGGGGGAGGAUUUCUCGGAGCAAUAUAAGGACUUUACUGAGAGGUGCUUCUACUUGUUCUUCUAUUCCUUGAUGUUAUAACUCGAGCCCUAGAUGCUAUGCUUGGUUG